AUGUCCCCAGAGUGCCGAGGUGGACAAGGCCAAGGCAGUGGCACGGCGAGCCUGCAGGUGAUGGACGCACAGGAGGAGGAGGAGCGCCUCAACGUGUGGACAGUGCUGCUGAGGCUGGAGGUGCUCUACGGCGGACCAGAGUCUGUGGCCGAGGCGUACCGGGAGGCACUGGCCACUAACGACCAGCUCAAGGUCCACCUGGCCAUGGCCAUGGAGGCCGAGAGGGUGUACUUCAACAUGUCCAAGAAGUUCAGUCAGGAGCUGAGUGUGUGGGUGAAGGCGGGAAUCUUCUUCUUCAGUCACAACAUGGCUGGGGAGGGACGUCGCUUCUUUGAGCGGGCGCUGCGCUCUCUCGACAAGAAGGACCAUGUGGAGCUCAUCAACCGGUUUGGCCAGCUUGAGUUUCGCUUUGGGGAGACCGAGUGCGGUCGGACCAUGUUUGAGUCCCUCCUCAGCACCUACUGGAAGAGGCUGGACAUCUGGAGUGUCUGA